AAUCGACACGCAGUCGUCCGCAAACUACAGCCUCGAAAACGACUCCUGAAACUGAAAUCUUUCGAGAGGAAACGCGCAAAACAAAAAUAACAAUUAAUUAAGUUGAUUAAUUAAAAACUUUCGUUAUAAAUUAAAUAAGAAAGUGCUGUGAGUUAACUUUAAGUGCCCAAAUAAAUUUUUCUAAAACAAAUUUUUAUUUUGAUUUAGUUCUUUUUGUUUGUGUUUCUUUUUUUAUAACAAAGAUGGGAUAAACUCUUCAGAUUAAACUGAGAUUUUCAUUGCGAAACGAGAAAAUGGAACUAACAACCCAAAAAUUCCAACAACAAACAUUAUUCCUAAGCUGGGAGCAUUCCGGGAAAAAGAAGAAAAUAUAAAUCUAAAAAAAUAAAUCAAAUUAAAAUUGACCACGAUGAAUUAUAAUAACGAAACGCUUUUAGAAAUUAUCGAUGAUAAUGGAACUUCUUGUUUAGAUUACGAACCGUCAGAUUUCUAUUGGUUCAUCGUAAACGGUAUCCUAUUGAACGUAAUCGGCUUCUUCGGCAUCCUGGGCAACAUCAUUUCGAUGAUCAUUCUCUCGCGUCCGCAGAUGAGAUCAAGCAUAAACUAUCUUUUAAUCGGCUUAGCACGUAUCGACACCGUUUUAAUCAUAACGAGCAUCCUAAUUUUCGGCUUGGUUGGAAUUUAUCCAUAUACAGGAUGUCUUUUUAAUUAUUUUUUCGUCGUUAUGCCACAUAUUGCUCCGUAUUUAUUCCCGAUAGCAACAGUUGCACAAACAGCUUCAGUUUAUUUAACCGUAACUGUCUCUUUUGAUCGAUAUAUCGCCGUUUGUAAACCUUUGAGAGCAAGAUCUUUGUGUACUUAUGGUCGAGCAAGGAUUUACGUGAUAUGCAUCGUGAUUUUUUCGAUUUUAUAUAAUUUACCUAAAUUAUGGGAGAGUCAAAUUCGAAGUGAUUUUCACGAAGAGGCCAAUAUGACCGUUUAUUGUAUCAGACCAUCCGAAUUUAGAAAUAAUAACGUUUACAAAUCGGUUUAUAUUAAUUGGUGUUAUUUAAUUUUUAUUUAUUUAAUACCGUUUUUGGCGUUAGCUUAUUUGAACAUCUGUAUUUAUAUACAGGUUAGAAUAGCGAAUAGGGAACGAGCUCGUUUAUCAAGAAAUCAAAAACGCGAAAUCGGUUUAGCAACAAUGUUACUUUGCGUGGUAAUCGUUUUUUUCGUUUGCAAUCUUCUCCCGUUGGUGAUUAAUAUAAUCGAGGUUUUUCAUCUGGACAUUGAUGAGGUAUUGUUCGGGCGGAUGAUAAAAACGUCGAAUUUUUUGGUUACCGUUAAUUCGAGCGUUAAUUUUAUUAUUUACGUGACGUUCGGCGAAAAAUUUAAACGGUUAUUUCUGGUUUUAUAUUGUUCGAAUAGGAUCUGCGGCCGAUUUAAUGAAUCCGCGGAUGGCGCAAAUCACGACGACAGCUUCAUCUCGAACGGAGACAGACAAAGUUUAAGACUCCAUCGGCAUAAUAACGCGAGUAUAAGAAAUGGUAGUACUACGAUUAGACAUAAUGGGAUGUCUUUUAAUGGUAGUCGAAGAUGUAGAAGCGAAAAGGAUGGUAUUGGUGGUAGUGGUGGUAAUAGAAAAAGUCCCGCUCCUUGUGUUUAUUAUCCUGCUAAAGUGAGUACCGUUGGAUAUAGCACUCAAAUUUCAAUUCCGAUGAAUGAAUGGGAUGGAAAUAGUACUUCUACUACGACCACUACCAUUUUUUAAUGUUAAUUUCGUAAAAUUAAAUAAGGACCAAUUCCAAAAUAAAAAGAUUGUACCUAAAUCAAUGUCUUAAUCUAGUCAAUGAUUGAAGAAAAACUUUUUUUGUUGAUUAUAAACAGGGUAAGGCUCGAUUUUGUAAAGAUAAAGAUCAAAAGAAUUAAAUAAAUAAAUGGAAGACUGCGAAGAAUUUUAAAGAAAUUAACCAACUAUAUUAAUAUUAUUAAAAAAUAUUGUAAAAUAUGCUAAAUUUGUAGGAGAAAAAUAAAUAUUGUAAAAAAAGAUAUUAAUUAGCAAGCAAUAUCUAUCCUGUUAAUGUAGUUAAACAAUUUCAACAUAAAAAAUGGGGAAAUACAAACGCUGUCUUCUGAAAUCAAUAUGAAGGCUGGAGAAUUCUCAAUUUAAACAUAAAAAUAUCCAGUUUAUAAAAUAAAUGUGUAAAUUAAAAUUUAGAAAUUAUUUAUUGCGCCCAU